GCUAGAUGAUGGGAAUUUGGGCAAUCCAAUAAUAAUCAAUAAAUACAAAAAUUUUGGUUUUUCAAUUCGUAGUGACUUGCUUUACGAAAAUUUUGUGCAAAUCAAAGGAACUGUUUAGAAAAAAAGUCGGUAUCUUCAGUUUGAGACACCUACAUUGUAAUCUCCAGAAUCUCCUGAGUGAUGUACACGAAAACGGGGAACAAGUCAUAUCCACAGGAUGGUGUAAUUUAACCUCUUUUAUUUGAAUCAAAAAAGCAAAAUUCACCCCCAAAAAAAUCAAAUCGGUGGCAAAAUGCCGGAACAGAGCAACGACUAUAGAGUGGUAGUGUUUGGAGCUGGUGGAGUUGGGAAAAGCUCACUGGUUCUGAGAUUUGUGAAGGGCACAUUUCGAGAAAGCUAUAUACCCACCAUUGAAGACACCUAUAGACAAGUCAUCAGUUGCAACAAGAAUAUUUGUACUCUCCAAAUCACAGACACAACUGGCUCACAUCAAUUCCCAGCUAUGCAAAGGCUGUCAAUCAGCAAGGGGCAUGCUUUCAUCCUCGUAUACUCAAUGUGCAGUCGACAGAGCCUUGAGGAGCUCCGACCCAUCUAUGAUCUGAUCAAGGAACUGAAAGGACCGGAUCUCAGCCAAAUUCCGAUCAUGUUGACUGGCAACAAGUGCGAUGAGAGUGCCGAACUAAGAGAAGUGAGCACGUCAGAGGGACAGGCGCAGGCUGCCGAAUGGGGCGUCGGCUUCAUGGAGACCUCCGCCAAGACCAACCACAACGUGAAGCAGCUGUUCCAGGAGCUGCUCAACCUCGAGAAGUCGCGCAACGUCAGCCUGCAGAUCGGCGGCAAGGCGAACAGCCGCGUAGCCAAAGAUAAGUGCGCGCUCAUGUAAGGGGCAGGGGGGGCAGAGACGAUUUUUUUAGUUUACUAUGGGUUGGCCGGGGCACACUGAGUUGAUAUGUUGAUUUUCCAAGAUUGUGUAACUUGGCACAAUUAUCUUAGUACAUAUUUUUGCCCGCUGAGGAACUAGUUGGAAAGAGGGUUUUAUUUUGCUUAUUCCUUUGGCCACUGAUGGCUCUAUAAUAAGCCACGGUGAGAGAAAUGCAACACCGCAUCUCCGUGAUCCGAAAGUCCUACUCUCGAUUGGCGACCACGGCGACUUGGACAACCAUUGCUAACCCGUAACCACUGAGGUGAAUUAUUUUCCUUUAACUUCUGAGGUAGAGUCAUACAGACUCCGACUAUCAAAUAGGUUUUAUCGAAGAAUGGAAAUUGAAAUAAUUACAAUCUAAGUGCUAAAUUACUACUACGCUUCAAAAGCCACCUCCAACCUGAGAGA